AUUAGGACAACUUCAGCCGUCAAAGAUGGAGUCGAAUACAAAAGAACAAUCAAUUCCUCAAGAUAUUACCAUCCAAAUUUUCUCAUGGCUUCCGGGUUACGUCUUUAAUGCGUUUCAAGUGUGUUUCGAAAUCUUAUGAUUCAAUUGUGUUGGAACCAAAUUUUGUGGAUCUCCAUUUAUCCAAUUAUUCUAAGAUCAAUCGUGGUGACACCAAAUUGAUUGCAAUCCUAGACGAUGUUUCUUGCUCUAUAAAAGAGCAUGAUGAAGAUGGAAAUGCCACCAAGUUUUAUCAAAUUGAGAAUUUUCAUAAGUUUUAUGAUCACAUUAUCGGCUGUUGGGAUUAUUAUCUUCGUUUUGAGUAUGAUAAUGGUUUGUUUUGCAUAUGGAAUGCGAAGUAUAUUGCAAUUUGCAAUCCCGCUACGAGAGAAGUAAGAUAUCUUCCCUACCUGAAAUGUUUCGAUGUUUUUCCUCAUGGCGAGGAAUUUGUAUGUUCAAUAGGUUUUGAACCCGAACAAAACCAAUAUAAAGUUGUUUUGACGAUUAAUACUAACGAUGGAUUAUCGAGAGCAUGGAUUCUCACUCUAGGCAUAGAUAAAUCAUGGAGGGAGAUGAUACACUAUGCCGAACAUGAUUAUUAUAUUGCUCCAUAUAGAUCUGGAAUUUGCAUUAGUGGAGUUAUCUAUCGGUUUUGUUGUUCUUCGGAGUUUUGUAUAGUUGCUUUUGAUGUUAAAUCUGAAAUUUUCACAAGGAUCACAACGUUGAUUGAAUUAUUUGGUAAUAAUAUACAUGAAAGCAAAUUCGACUAUAUGCUAAUAGAAGUGAAUGGAAAAUUAGGAAUUCUGAAUUUUUCAAAGUUUUGGUGUACGGAAAACAUCCAUCUAUUGAUUUUUGAAGGAGGAGAAUGGGAACAUCAAAUAUUUCAAUUUCCUUUAGGAUGGAAACCUAAUGAUAUAUAUUUGAGUAGCUAUAAGAUUUGCAAGUAUGGUGGUGAAGAAAUUGUAUUUGCAAUUAACAUAACAUCAAGUGAUGUUUUGCUUUGUUUUGUUUAUGAUGUCAAGAAUAAGAGUUGGAGACGUUUUGAAGUUCAAGAAUUUCCUAAUCGGACUAGAAGCAUUUUUACUUAUAAUGAAAGUCUCUUCCCUUUGGAAAAUAUUGGCACUAUCUAG